CGCUGUGGCGGGAAUUUUGCCUGUUUCCGGUUUAGUCUGCUGAACUCCGGGGCGGCACAGGAGAUCUUGGGGAGCUCAUCUCCUUGACUGCCAGUACGAUCAGGAAUCUUUUUACAACUUCUCUUUGGAGCCUAAAUGAUAAUCAUAAGGAAACACAACAUUUCAGGACAUAAAGUAAAGAAUGGAUGAUUGUUAUGUUGCGUCGACGUUGCUGACUGACAGCUUAGAGUUGGAAUUGGGGACAGAAUGGUGUAAACCCCCUUCCUUUUCCUGUGCUUUUGAUAAAAGAGGAAUAGGACAAAAUUUUUCUGGAGAAUCCUAUCUUGCUAGUGGAGCCCUUAAACGAUUAAUUUUGAAUCUCAAUCCCUUACCAACAAAUUUCGAAAAGGAUACAGUGGAAAUAUUUGGCAUUCAAUGGGUUACUGAAACAGCAUUAGUGAAUUCAUCUAAAGAGCUCUUUAAUUUAUUCAGGCAACAACUCUACAACUUGGAAACAUUAUUACAGGUCAGCUGUGAUUUUGGGAAGAUAUCAACCCUACAUUACAAAGCGGAUAAUAUCAGGCAACAGUGUGUAAUAUUUCUCCAUUAUGUUAAAGUUUUCAUCUUCAGAUGCCUGAAAGUAUACGAUGCUGAGUGUCAUGUUCCUGUCCAUCCCUAUGAGUCUCUGGAGGCUCAGCUUCCUUCAGUGUUGGUCAAUGAACUUCGUGGAUUACUUUUGUAUAUUGGACAUCUAUCUGAACUUCCCAGUAUUCAUCUGGGAGCAUAUUUAAAUCAAAACCAGACUAAGCUUUUUCCACCAUCAUGGCAUUUAUUACAUCUCUACUUAGAUAUCCAUUGGAUGGUUCUAGAGAUUCUUCACAUGCUGGGUGAAAAAUUUAAACAAGUUGUAUAUGGACAUCAGAUUGUCAGUUUGGCAGGUGACCAUUUAACCAAUGUCAGCUUAUUUGAAGAACAUUGUGAAAAUCUUUUUUGUGAUUUAAUAAGCCUAUCACUCAACAGGUAUGAUAAGGUUAGGCCUUCUGAAGCAUUAAUGAGUCAUCAUUGUCCAUGUCCAUGCAUUAAAGAAUUAUGGAUUCUACUCAUUCAUCUUCUAGACCACAGAAGUAAAUGGUCUCUCUCAGAAUCAUUUUGGAACUGGUUGAAUAAAUUACUUAAAACACUGUUUGAAAAAUCAAGUGACCUCAGAAGACCGUCUAUGCCAAUAAUCCGGUCCAGGGAUCCAUUAGGUUUUAGUUGGUGGAUUAUUACUCACGUAGCAUCAUUUUACCAGUUUGAUCGCCAUGGAGUCCCAGCUGAAAUGAGACAAAUGGAAUCAAAUUGGAACUUCGUGGAAGAACUGCUAAAACAGUCCAUGAAUGUUCAGGAUGGUAUACUAGAAGAACAAUUACGGAUGUAUCUUCACUGUUGUUUAACACUUUGUGAUUUCUGGGAACCAAACAUUUCUGUUGUCACCAUUCUAUGGGAAUAUUAUAGUAAGAACCUGAAUAGUUCCUUCAGUAUUUCUUGGCUUCCUUUGAAAGGCCUUGUUAAUAACAAGUCACCUUUAUCUAUGCUUGAAAUGGUGAAGACUUGCUGUUGUGAUAAACAAGAUCCCGACCUAUAUAAAUCCAGCAGUAGUUAUACCAUUUUUCUUUGCAUUUUGGCAAAAGUUGUUAAGAAAGCAAUGAAGAACAAUGGCCUUCAUCCAUGGAAACAAGUCAAAGGAAGAAUUUAUUCUAAAUUCCAUCAAAAAAGAAUGGAAGAAUUAACGGAAGUUGGUCUACAGAACUUUUUCAACCUUUUUCUACUGUUAGCAGCCGUUGCAGAGGUAGAAGAUGUAGCAAGUCACGUAUUAGACCUCCUCAAUUUCCUCAAGCCUACCUUUAUAAAAUCUCAGAGAGCCCUCAUUUGGAAGGGUCAGAUGGCAUUUCUCUUAAUGUAUGCUCAGAAAAAUCUAGACAUUGGUGUUUUGGCUGAGAAAUUUUCCUGUGAGUUUCGAGAAAAAGCAAAGGCAUUCUUGGUAUCUAAGAAUGAUGAAAUGAUACAGAGACAUACUCUCUGGACACUUCUUUCUAUCUACAUUGAUGGUGUUCAAGAAGUAUUUGAGACCAGCUAUCACUUGUGUCCCUCCCAUGAAAAACUGCUUAAUGAUGGAUUUAGUAUGCUUCUAAGAGCCUGUCGAGAAUCUGAACUUAGGACAGUGUUCAGCUUUCUACAAGCUGUUCUGGCCAGAAUCAGGAGUAUUCAUCAACAAUUGUGCCAGGAACUUCAAAGGGAGAAUGUGGACCUAAUUGUGCAGUCUUCAUUAUCAACUAAAGAGCGCCACCUUGCUGCAAUUGCUGGUGCACUAUGGAAACAUUUCUUUUCAUUUUUGAAGAGUCAGAGAAUGGCACAGAUUGUGCCUCCCUCACAACUUGCAGAUGCAGCUGCAGAUUUUACUUUGUUGGCAGCAGACAUGCCAAGCACUGCACCAUCAGAUCUUCAGCCUCAGCCAGUGAUAUCAAUAAUUCAGCUUUAUGGUUGGGAUGAUAUCAUCUGCCCCCAAGUUGUAGCAAAAUAUUUAAGUCAUUUACUACAAAAUAGCACACUAUGUGAAGCACUUUCUCAUGCAGGCUGUGUAUCUUUUCAAUCCUCAACUAUAAGAUCAUGGAUCCGUUGUGUUUUGCAAAUGUAUAUAAAAAAUCUGUCUGGGCCUGAUGAUUUGUUUACUGAUGCAAAUCCUGAGCAGGCAGUUGAUAAAGAUUACAUGGAGCAGUUGGCUGAAUUGACAAGGUUGCUAUUUAAACUCUCAGAAGUAAAGAAUAUUUUCUCAAAAGCUCAAGUUGAAUAUUUACCCAUCCCAGAAGACCCCAAAAAAGCUCUUAUUCAAUUCCUUGAGGCUGUUGGUACAACUUACAGGAAUCUCCAGACACUUUCUGAUAAGUCUGCUAUGGUCACAAAGUCUUUAGAAUACCUUGGUGAAGUACUAAAAUACAUAAAACCCUAUUUGGGAAAAAACAUUUCCAGUGUAGGGCUGCAGCUCACUUAUGGAAUGAUGGGAAUUCUUGUUAAAUCAUGGGCUCAAAUUUUUGCCACCUCUAAAGCCCAGAAAUUGCUAUUUCGGAUCAUAGAUUGUUUACUGUUGCCACAUACAGUAUUACAGCAAGAGAAGGAAUUGCCUGCACCCAUGUUGACUGCAAUUCAGAAGAGUCUUCCUUUAUACCUCCAGGGCAUGUGUAUUACAAGCUGUCAGUCUCAAAAUCCAAAUGCCUAUUUGAAUCAAUUGCUAGGGAAUGUUACUGAGCAGUAUAUUGGACGAUUUCUUCCGGCUUCACCGUAUGUUGCAGAUGUUGGACAACAUCCUGUUUUGCUGGCACUGAGGAAUUCAGCCACCAUUCCAUCGAUAUCAUCGCUAAAGAAAUGCAUUGUACAAGUUUUAAGGAAAUCCUACUUUGCAUUUAAAGGUUCAGCACCCCCUCCUCGCUUAGCAUCCAUUUUGGUCUUUAUUCUCCAACUCUUCAAAGAAACUGAAACAGAUGUUUAUGAUAUUGAACUGCUCCUACCUGGCAUCUUAAAAUGUUUGGUGCUGGUCAAUGAACCCCAAGUUAAAAGGCUGGCCACCGAGAACCUGCAGUAUGUGGUAAAAGCCUGCCAAGUGGGGUCAGAGGGAGAACCUGCCGCCCAGCUGACUUCUGUGUUUAGGCAGUUUAUCCAGGAUUAUGGUAUAAGAUACAGUCAUCAAGUUUACAGCAUUUUAGAGACAGUAGCAACACUGAAGCAGCAGGUUGUCAUCUCCUUGAUUUCUACCCUCACUCAAUCUCUGAAGGAUUCAGAAUUGAAAUGGGGCCUUGGCAAAAAUAUUGAACAAAGGGAAGCCUAUAGAAAACUUUUAUCUCACCUAGGCCAGAUGGGACAAGAUGAGAUGCAGAGACUGGAAAAUGACAAGACAUGUGAUGUUUUGUGAUUAGCCCUGUCUAUUUUUUAUCACCAUCUAAAGCCACUUACUAAUCCAACUCCUCUUUUAAUUAAUUAUAUAAUGAUCUGUUAAAAAUAAUUUCUAUGAUUUUUUCCUUUAUACCUUAUAUAAGUAUAAAAUAUAUAUAUAAAUAAGGAAAUAAAGAUUAAUUAGUAACUAUAAUAGGAGCCUUGGAGCUUUGUAAAACUAUAAACUAUUUUGAAGAAAUUUUAGUUGAACUAAAUUAAAGAAGCUUUUUCUAACUGGGAAUGUUUUCUGUGUGUAUUACAUGGAUUUGUCCUGGUCCAUCCAUGGACUUUUUACUAUAAUGUGACCACCUGUCUUGUGAUUGAUAUGUUGUUGUUGCUGGGUUGUUGUUUUUUUGGGGGGGCGGGCAACUUCUGUUUUAAUAUGCUACUUUUUCAAAUUACCUGACUGACCUGUUCUGGUUUUUUUGGUGGUUGUGUUUCGUUUUUGUUUUUGUUGUGGGGGGUGUUUAAGAGAUGCAUAUUUGUUUUCCUUUAUUAUAUUAUGUGUGAGGCAAGUUAAUAAACAAGACCCUUACAAAGUACACUUAACUCUCUUAGGAUUCAGACUAAAUCUGACUUAAGAAUUACACAGAUAAUAUCUAAAAAGAUUUUAAAUUUAUUAUAAAAGAAUGUAGGCUUGGAGUUGUCAUUAAAAGACAUCCGGUGGAAAAAAUAGAGUGUUUAAGAAAAAAGAAUAAAUAAUAAUAUUCUGGAAACUUCUUAAGAUUACUUAUAACAAAAAUCUGAGAGAUUAGCAGAUCUCUCUCCUUGCUCUUAUAAUUUGACUCUUGUAAAUUUCAAGAACCCAUUUAGUUUCCUUUCAUAGCUAUUUUUUCUUCACUUUUUACUCUCUCAUCCAGAAUGUAUGUGUUUUACCAUUUGGUCUUGACCUUAACUCCCUUUUGUGGUAAGCAUUACUAGGUAGAGUUUCCGUCCUAGUGUUAGGAGCCCACAUUGGUCUCUAACCCAGCUCUGUGUUGUGACCUUGCACAGGUUCCUUACCCUUUCUCAGCCCAGUUCUUUCAGGAAUAAAAAAAUAAUCAUGUUAAAAAUUCACAGUCCUAUUAUGGGAAUCAAAGACACCAUAUAUGUGAAAAUGUUUCCUCUUUUCUGUUUGGAGGUGUACAGACAUGAUUACUACAUUAAAAGUAAAGAAUAUCUUUCAAUUCUCUAAUGACAUAGCCCACUUUUUUUUCAAUGUUUCCUUACAAGUCAUGCUUUAAUUUUGAAAUUAUUUAUCUCCUUCUUAGAAUUGUAGUCUUUAUUAUGGUUGUACUAUUCCUUCAAGAAAACAUUUCAACCCUUUUCUGGCUCAGAAUGCAUCUUAAAAUGAAAUAGAGGCUAAGGAUGCGACUCUGUGGUAGAGCACUUAUCUAGCAUGUGUGAGACCCUGGGUUCCAUCCCCCAAAUGGUAAAAUGGUGAAAAAAAAUAUAAAUAAACAAAUAUAUAAAUAAAUAAGUAGGGUGAACAAGCAAACACGUAAUCAGUAUUCUCUAGUUAUAAUUCUCUCCUAAUUUUUAUUUUCAUGACAUACAAAUGGUCUGUUUCUCCCCAAAGUCAACCGUCACGGCUUCAACAAAUGGAAAUAAAAGCUUCUUUAAGCCUGCUUAAUAGACUUCAUAACCAUAAAUUUCUCAAUAUGAUAGUGGCUUAUUAAACUAAUAAUGUAUGCUUUGCAAAUUCCAGCAGUUAAUUUUAACUCUUCAAGGCGAUACUUUUUCAAGAGCAGUGUAUAAUUAUUAUUUUUUUAUUUUCAUUUUUUUUGGCUCCCCCAAGGGCAAUUGUUAAAGGUAUCUUUUAGAAUCUAGAAUAUAAAACUUUUAAGGAAUAGGAAAAACUGCUAUGGGCAUAUAUCUAUAGAUGCUAAGAGCAAUUAAAGUUUGUAAUUAAAAAUCAGUAACAACAGAAGACUAUAACAACACAUACACAUUUUAUGCUUAUGUAUAAGUAAAAUUUUAAAGAAGCUGUUUUCUUAAUUGAGGAAAAAAACAAUUUAUGACAGUUCCUUUUGUUUAAAAUCUUCCGACUCUUUAUUAUUAAAAUUUUUCUUUCUUCCACUUCCAGAUUUCACCUUAAGCCCGCUUUCUUAAUAUUCAUUUUCCCUGAAGUACCCUGUCAUUUCUGAGGCUGCUUUUUUCACCACUGUGAUAUAAACCACUCUCUUUCAGUCAGAUAUGAGCGUGUAUGUUCAUUUCUCACAUUCUUUGGCAUCUCUGUGAUGCUUUUUCCAUAUCUUCCCCUCCAUUCCUCAGUAGUGAUGUCCUUUCCUGCUUCCAUUGUGUCUUGAGAGCACCUGAAGUCUUAUUUCCUGUUCCCUUCCUCUGUUUUUCCCCAGCAUCCUUUUAGUAGUGGACUGAUAACACUAGCUCAUUCUUUAUCUCAGAUCUAUUUCUAGUGCUAAUUUCUCUCUAAAUCUCUCUGGAUCUUCCUGAAAUCUUAAGGCAGCAUGUACAGUGGCCCGUGUCACUUUCUAUUCCAUACUAGCUCCUGCUUUCAUUUUCUACACAAGGAAUAUCUUAUCUUCCCAAGUUACUUAGUCUUGAAACUUCAGAGGCAUCUUAGACUCCUCACUUGCAGAUGUACCCAUAUAGGCUCUUGGGCAUUUUUCUUUUCUUUUUGCAAUUCUUUGCAUCUGUACUUUUUUUUCCCUAUCAAUCACUAUAAUCUCUUCAUCUCCUUUCCUCUACAGUUUAUCCUAUACAUUGUUCUGAUAUUGGUGUUCCUAAAAUACUACUUUCUUGUUCAGUUGUCUGAUGCAGGACCCCCAGUUACUUCCCAUUAUUUAUAAACUGAUGUUCAACCCCUCAGUCUCAAGGUUUUCUGUCAUUUGACUGAAUCUUUUCUUUUUUCUUUUUUUCCCUAGACUUAAUUUGUUCUAAACAAGAGACUCAGCUGCUUUCUCUGAAUGUCAUGUUAAUUCUAGUCCUGGUCUCAUUCAGUUUGCUUGCUGGGAAUACCAUCCUUUAUAUAAAAAAUUAAAAUGAAAUACAUUUCAUUUAUGCAAAAACUCAGGACAUUUAAACAUGAAGAAAAAAUAUACAUUUUGGAUUUGUGAGCAUUCUCGUCAAAUAAUAUCUAUAAAAUACCAAAUGGGGUGUAAAAGAUGAUUGAAGGGCAAUAGAGUGAUGACAUUAAGAGUUGCUUAGACAUUAAGAGUUGCUUAUGAUUUAAAUUUCAAUUUAAUUAACAUUUAAUUAGAAGGUUUCCAUGGGGGAGGAAAAAAAAAACAUGAAGGUUUGUCUCUGCAAAAAUCAUUCAGUGUUGAGCUCAUUUGCAUUAGAAGAAUUUCAUAGUUUAAAACUUGUAUGUCUUUACCUAUAUUUCUUCUUAAGUAUACAGUCAUGUGCUUCAUAACAUGUCAGUCAGUGUUGGGCCACAUGUACCAAAGUGAUCCCAUAAGAUUAUAAGGGAGCUAAAAAUGUCCUGUGGCCUAGUGACAGAGCCACUGUGUCAUCACAGCACAACACAUGACUUCCUUGUUUGUCGUGAUGCUGGUGUAAACCAACCUACAUUACUGCCACUCAUAAAAGUAAAACACAUACAGUUAUGUACAGGAUAUAAUACUUGAUAAUGAUAAAUGACAGUUGCUGAUCUGUUAUUUACUAUACUAUACUUUUUAAUCAUUCUUUUAGAAUAUACUUAUAAAAAGAAGUUUCCUAUAAAACAGGGUGCCAUAUUACACUGGCAGCAGCCUUGUACAUAUCUUGUUUGCCACAUCUCUUGACUGAAUCAGGAGGCCACAUCCAGUAACUGAUUUGUACCAUCUAGGUUUAUGUCGGUACUCUGAUGUUUACCUAAUAAGGCAUAUCUCAGAAUGUAUCCCUGUUAUAUGAUCUAUGACUGUAUUUGACUUUUUCCACAUCAAUGUCUGUUUAAGAAAUUAUUUGUUGCUCUUAAACUGUUUGUGAAUUUUAUUACCCAUUGUUCUUCCAUACUUUCUUACAGGUUUUCAAAGCUUUAUUCAUAAAAAAUUACAUGGGCCUGUUUCCAUGUACUUACAAAAUCUUUACCAGAUUUUGUAUUUGAGAAUCCCUUUUGGAAAUCUGCUGUCCCUAAAUCCUACAUACUGUCAUAGUGCUCAUAUUUCAAAGAUCAAAGGUAAAAUAUAGAAACCUGACCAAAAGUUGAAUUGUCUAUAUUAAGCCACCAAUUUUUGAUAGAUUUUUACAAAAACCUACAUCCUCCUAAAACUGAUCUCUUGCCUUGUUAGGUAAGAGUGUAGUAUACCAAUAUAAUAACAUGCUUUAUUUGGUUAGAACAGUUGGUUUGGGAAGCUAGCAAAAUAACAUAUUCUUUCACAUAUUUAAUUAGAGUUGUAUUUUCACUCUGUGAUAACCCGUAUGGUAAGUUACCAAAAUCAGAUUGUAAUUGACCAAUUUCUACUUACUACUAUGUUUGGUGUGCUGAUAUUUAUCCAGUUUAUUGCAUUUGUGAAUUGUGCUUUUAGAAAAAAAUGGACAUUCUUAUUUUAUAUGCAGAGUUAUAAGCUAUUUGUGCCUAUAAUAAAGAUUUAAGUUAUGUGUUUGUAUAAAAUCUAUAUAUUUAACUUAAAUUUUCCCAUGAUUAUUCAACUUCCUUCCUUUUUAUAACAGAUUCACUGUUCAAAAACCAAAAUAAAAAUGAGUCAUGUUACUAGAGAUAUAAUUUGU